CAAAAUGGCACACUUUCGCACCUUCUGCAAAGCCCUGAGCCUCAACACCACCCGAAAACACCUCCUCAAGGAGAAAACAGACGCCAUCAAGCUCCACCACCACGAAAAACCCAGACUGACCCUAAGCCAGAAAUGUCGUCACUGCCGCAUCGACUGCUGCAACAGAAUAAAGAAAUGCUGCUCCCUUCCAGAAAACACGUGCUUGCACCGCUUCAUCUACAAACUGAGCAAAGACGGCUCCAUCGAAAACUACAUGAUGAAAAGCAUCCUGGGCUUCAUCGGGGGCUUCUGCCUCACCUACAUCUUCUUCAUGUUCUUCGUGGUCCAGCUGAACUUCAAGCUGUCCACGGCGACGAUGAUGUGCUCGAUUUUUGGGAGCGUGUUGAUGCUGGGGUUGGCUUUCAGCAAAUAUAUUAGAUGCAUUGUGUUUCUCACACUGCCACAGUUUUUCUCGAAGAGGGGGAGGCAGGCGUUGCUGGCUUACGCGUUUAUUUUGGCAAUUACUGGACCGGCUAAGAACACUCUCAAUAAUAUGGGGAUUUUGAGCGAGUCGAUGGCUUGUGGGCAGGAGCAGCUGAAGUCGGCUGUUAGGCAGAUCAUCGACGUGAUCAAGAAGCCGUUUUAUGCCAUCAGGGAUGCGAUCAAGUCCGUGGUGAAAACCAUCAAGGCGAUCAUUAAAAAAAUUAAAGAGAUAUUGUUAAAGAUUAAGAGGGUGAUAAUGGCUAUAUUGAACGUAAUUAAGGCCGCGUUCCAAUUCCUCGGCAAGAUCCUCAACAUCUGCAACAAGGAGCUCGGCACCCCCUUCCAGCGCUGCUCCCGCGUCUUCGACAGCGCCAUCCAGGACUGCAUGGCCAAACUCGGCCCCUGGUUCAACUGGCUCUGCUCGAUAGCCUACUUGGUCAAGUCGGUCUGCUACAUCGUCAAAAUCUUCGACUACGUCUGCAUGCUGGUGGAUUUCAUCAGCAACUCCGUCAUCGGAGUGGUCGUCAGAAAGGUGAAGAGCUUCAUACGACAUGUGCGAACAAUGUUCUACGUCAGGAUAAAGUUCUCGCAUUCGUUCCACUUCCAGACAAACUCGUCGAAAUCCUAUUCGCAAGUUGCUGAAGGGAUUGUGGGGGAGAUUAAGGAGAGGACGCAGGCGCUGGCGGCGUUUUUCGAUUUCGUUAGCUUCAUGACGAGCUUUUUCUUUGUUUUUCUGAUAGUCAAGGUCCUCCACUACCGUUUCAAAUUCCUCACCAGCGAGCGCUUCGACAACAAAUACAUCAACCGCGAAUUCCGCGAAAUCGACCUCCAAAGGGCCAAACUGGGUCGGGAGACCGUCCUCCCGCUCAACCACAGGGAGCGCACUAAAUACAUCACCAUCAGUUCCAUCCGUCUGGUCAAAACCGAAAAGCGCAAGCUUGCCCAGAACGCCGUGGUACUAGCCGUCGCUACAUGCAAACUUUGUACCUACAUGCUGGUCGACUAUUCCCUUUUCUGGGUACUAAACCUGAUUCAGUACCACGCUCGCUUCCAGUCGAAAGUCACCACACCCAACUUACCCUCAGUUCACGUAGACGGCAAAGGUCUUCUAGCGGACCUCCUCAAAGGCAUCGUCAAGGCUUUCAAACCCUUGGGAGUGGAACUGCAAAUCGACACAGUACCAUGCUUACCCAACCCAAUUCCCCCAGACUACGACAGGUACAUCCAAAUCGGUACUCUCUUGAUUCUCUGCUGGUUUCUAGCGCUCUUGGAACCAUACGGGUUGCGUUUGAGACACUGGAUCAUGUCGUACUACCAUCCGGUACGCGCCAAGGAGAGGUCUGUUUGGUUGUACAACCACAUCACGAGGGCUAGGUUGAGUUUCUUGAAGUACGCGAGGAGGCAGUUGAGGAGGAACGUUUUGGGGCAUAAGAGUAUGACGAAGAUUACUUUCAAGGAGUUUUUGAGGGCUAAGUUGAACUGCAAGCUGUGUCGGCUGUGUCUGGGUUCGGAUAAACAGGAGGGUUGUUUACUUUGUGGGGAGGUUUUUAGGGAGGACGAUGCGGUUAAGCCCAUAAGGUGUGCUACUCCUGGGUGUCCGGGGAUCUACUGUAGGCGGUGUUUUGAAGAUCUGCAGAAUUUGUGUACGGUGUGUCUUUCGCCGAUUGAAUAUGGAGACAUGUCGGAUGUCAGCGAAGAGAAAGGCUCCGACGACGACGACGACUCCCCUCCCCCCAGAAGACCCCCCCGCUCUCCCCGACGCGACCGCGACCCCGAAAAGGGCCGCCUCCUCUCCAAAAACGAGGACUCCGGCAACAGCAGCGACGACAGCCAACACUACACCUACCAGUACGAAAGAAGACCAGCGGAUGAACCCGAGUGGACAAAAAGUACCCACAAGAGAGUACAAGGGGCAAAUGACCCCCAAUACGCAAGCAUGGCAAACUUCAGAGAACCUAACGUUUUCAGCGACUUGGACGAUUUGGAGAAAAAAGGCGCCCAAAUUGAGUUGACGGACAGAAGUUUGCUUAACGAGAGGGUAGAUAAGGGCACAACGGUGGCGCCCCGAAGGUCUCGGGGAACGGCCAUGACGGAUGAUGAUAAGGAUAAGCUGUUGUCGGGCAAAAAAUGAUUCACGGAUAAAAUCCUGGCAUCUGAGUCAAAGUGAUAAGUUUUGCGUAAAAUGAGUUGUAAUGUUAAGUGUUCGAAGUAAAACAUUAAAAUUUUGAAA